AAUGCUGCCCGCCACCACCAGCCUCCCCACCCCGCCGUCCUUGCCCGUUCUGGAGGGUUCCUUGGGAGCUUUGGCUGGAAGCCUGGGUAUUGGGCCCUGAGGUGGGAGGUGGAGGAUGUGGGGGCAGAUGGAGGGGCUAUUCCAGCCCCCUUGGCGAGGAGAUACAGGGAACUCUGUAGCGAUAGUGUCGCGGUCACUGGAGCCACUGCGGCAUGGUACAGAAACCCGCGGCUGAUGCCACUCUGUUAAAAAGGCCACCUCCAGGUCCCCGACCCACCAGGGAAAAACGCUAGAUCCCAAGGCAGCCGCGCCCCACCCAAACCCUCUCACCCUCCUCCCCCCAACCCCGCCACCUCCCACCCUACCACCCCUCCAUCCACACGUAACCCCCACCGCUGCCCUCGCCAACACACGCACAUAGGCGCGUACACACACACAAAUACAUACACACACAGGCGCGCACACACACUCCCAAGAAUUUCUCCGAACCGGGACGGUGGUGAAGGGGAGUGGGCGGGAAGGAGAUCUCUAGGAGAAGACCGGAGACAGAGAGUAGGGAGGGGGCGAGCCUGAAGAACAGUCCCGGUGGGUGGGGGGAGUGUGGAUGUCCUGAGUGUAGGAGGGGGGCGGAGAGUCACCUGGCGGGACCGAGGCAGACUAGCCUGGGAGGGAGGCGAGCCUAGGCGGGGCGAACGGAGGAGGAGCUGCGGGGCAGGGGCCAAGGUUGGGGGCGGGGACCAGGCGGGGCGGAAGCCUCCGCCCGAACCGCGGCGGGAGCAGGUGGAGCCGCAGCAGGAGCCCUCCCGGCCGAGCGGAGGGAGGCGGUGGCUGGGCCAGGGCCAUGGAGCUGCUAAAGCUGAAUCGGAGCGCGCAGGGGUCCGGAACCGGGCCGGGGGCUUCCCUGUGCCGCCCGGGGGGGGCCCUCCUCAACAGCAGCGGUGCGGGCAACCUCAGCUGCGAGCCCCCUCGCAUCCGCGGAGCCGGGACACGAGGGGUGUCUGUGAGUGUGUCCACACUGAGCCUCGUGGCCAUCGCCCUGGAGCGAUACAGUGCCAUCUGCCGACCACUGCAGGCACGCGUGUGGCAGACGCGUUCCCACGCAGCUCGUGUGAUUAUAGCCACAUGGAUGCUCUCUGGACUGCUCAUGGUGCCCUACCCAGUGUACACCGCGGUGCAGCCAGCAGGAGCCUCCCGUGUGCUGCAAUGCGUGCAUCGCUGGCCCAAUGCACGUGUCCGCCAAACCUGGUCGGUACUGCUGCUCCUGCUUCUGUUCUUCGUUCCGGGUGUGGUUAUGGCUGUGGCCUACGGACUCAUCUCCCGCGAGCUCUACUUAGGGCUUCGCUUUGAUGAAGACAGUGACAAUGAGAGCCAGAGCCGAGUCCGAAGCCAAGAAGGGCUGCGGAAUGGGGCGGGACCCGGUCCCGCCCACCCGACUGGGCGUUGCCGGCCGGGGAAUGGGCUGGCUGGCGAGGACGGUGACGGCUGCUACGUGCAGCUUCCGCGCUCCCGGCAGACCCUGGAGCUGUCCGCGCUGACCGCGCCCACUCCUGGGCCAGGAUACGGCCCCCGGCCCUACCAGGCCAAGCUGUUGGCUAAGAAGCGCGUGGUGCGGAUGCUGCUGGUGAUUGUUGUGCUUUUUUUCCUGUGUUGGUUGCCACUGUACAGCGCCAACACGUGGCGUGCCUUCGACAGCUCUGGCGCACACCGCGCACUUUCAGGGGCGCCGAUCUCUUUCAUCCACUUGCUCAGCUACGCCUCAGCCUGUGUCAACCCCCUGGUCUACUGCUUCAUGCACCGUCGCUUUCGCCAGGCCUGCCUUGAGACGUGUGCCCGCUGCUGCCCCAGGCCUCCACGCGCUCGUCCCAGGCCUCUUCCCGAUGAGGACCCUCCCACCCCUUCCAUUGCUUCCCUGUCCAGACUGAGCUACACCACCAUCAGCACACUAGGGCCUGGCUGAGGCGCAGAGGAGGAGUGAAGGCUGAGGCGGGACACCCCCAUUCCUACAAGCAGGGACCCAUCCAGACACACAAGAGACACACACCCACUGACACCCAAAAGCAUGGACUAAUCCCAGUGGCCCUGCACAUGCACACACACGCACAGUUGGCUUACCUGACACAAACCAAACUCCCACACGGGAAAUUAGGUACACUCUUGAUCUGGGACUGAGCCCGGCACACACAAACAUGGCACUGACCUUAGACAUACACACACACAGCAUCCCUAGCAAUGGACUAUCCGUACUUAGCGGAAACGCAGGGAGGCUGGCCUGCCUCUCAUAUACACAUAGUAAUGGCACUGAUGCUUUAAGGCUCCGGAGCUGGGCACGGUACCAAGUCCUGAGAUGCUCCAGGCCACCCCUACUUUGACCUCACAGUGCCCUUCCCCAUUUCAGCACUGAAAAUACCACCCAGCCUAAUCUCACACCUCCUUGACCCAACAGGCUGUUCUGCACUGAAAAGUCCCUUCAUUCCUUUCCAGUUCCAUUCUAUGGCCCUGCCCCUCUUCCCUCACCCAAACUCUUUGAGAAAUAAAAAUGACUUGGCUUCCUCCUGAA